CCGUCGCCCUGACCUUCACCUCCAUGGCCCUUCCCGAUUGGAUCUCGUACACCAGUCCUGUCUCCACCUCGCCCAACCCCGCUCACCCAACUACACCCAUCCACGUCUCCUAUGGCCUACAUCGUCGCUGCUCUUCUCUUACCUCUGGCUGUACACCUUUCCCGGCACCCGAAGACUGCCAUGGCGAAGACAGAUAUUUCUGCUCCAUGUGGAGAAGUGUAGGCUUCCUGAUGAACUUUUCCGUCGUCCUGGAGUUGGCGACUUUUGUCGCUUUUGCAGUUGUGUUGCUCGGAGGCAGAAGCAACAGAGACAACGGGUGGAAGAUGUGUGUGGGUUUACUGGCGGUUGUGGUGUGUGUCCAGGUUGCUGCUAUGGGGAUUGUGUUUGUGUAA